GUGCUAAUUGUCUGGUACAGUGAAAUGAUUAGAUCUCUUCAAGUCAAAAGUCAAACACUUUAAAUAGUAAAAAGAAAACCAAAAUUUUGAACCAAAAUAGAAACGGAGAAUUUUUCUUUCCAACACGAGUUCCCUCCAUAACACAGAGAGCCCUUUUCCAAGUUUCGGAAAUUUUUUAGAACCAUCCUCAAAACCCAAAAAUUCCCUCCUUAGAAACGAAAACUUCAAAAACAAAUCUCAGAUCUAUGAACUUCCAAAUCUGGUUCAAAUUCCCUCCUAUUCACGCACUUCAUAUACAGUUCUUCAGUUCCUCCUAUCCUCAAUCAAGUCCAUCUCUCUCUCUACUCUCCCUCUCUCUCUAUCUCUGUAGUUGUACAUUAAUGGCGGCUCUCGAUCUAAAAGCUCAAAACGACAACAAAGAGAAUGUCUCACCGUCGGAGAUGACCAUUACUUCUGUCAAGCCUCUGGAUUCUUCCUCAUCCAUUGAUAAAGACAAAACCCAAAUCAGAAUCAGGAGAAAGAGAUCUAGAAGACAGCCUCUUAAAGACAUCACCAAUCUAUUUGUCUCAUCAUCACCAUUGUCCUCUUCGUUUCUGAUUCGUCACUUCCCCUCUUCUCCAACUCUAUCAGUUGAUCCCAAAUGCAUGAAGAGAAGAUCUGGUGUUGCUCUCAAGGCUUCUUCUACCUUCUCUUGUAGAAAUUUCAGAUGAUUUUUAGAAUUGGUUUAUAUAUUGGGUUCUUUUCCAGUUUUUGGAAUUAUGUAUCAGUUUUUAGUUAAGUAGCUAGCUUUCAUGUACUCAACACACGAGAUAUGUUUCCAUGAGUAUACUGGUUUCUCAAUUAUUACGAUUCUUGCGGAAUUUCUG